AUGGCUACUAUGAACGAUGCUCUUCUCAUGAAGCUUUGGUGGAAAAUUCGCACUUCAAAGAAGAAAUGGGGUGGUUUUCUUCGUGCAAGGUUUUUUGGUAGGAAUGGUUGUAUUAAGGCGAAUGGUUUGAAAUCUUCUAUUUUGUCGGGUAUUAAAAAAGUGUACAAGAUUGUUGAAUCUAACACUAAAGUGCUGCUUGGGGAUGGUAGAGAUACUUCUCUUUAUUAUGAUGCUUGGCUUUCAAAUAGAUGCAUUGCUGAUAUCCUUAACGAUUAUACUUUGGAUAGAAACACUUUGGUUAGUGCUAUUUUGAUUGAAGGACAAUGGCAGAUUCCUGUUGAACAUUUGGAUCACAUGGUUGAUGCUGGUCUUGAUGUUAAUCAAUUGCCUACUCUUUUGGAAGGUGGAGAUUCACGUAUUUGGAUGCCAGAACUCAAGGAGAACUUUACUGUAAGUUCAGCUCGAGAUUUAAUCCGCCAGAAGUAUAUUGAUUUUGCAGGCGCGUCUCUUUUAUGGAGGAGGGAGGUGCAUCCGACCUUAGCUGCCCAGAAUUGGAAGUUUCUCUGUGGUGCUUGCGCUACUUAUGACAUUAUCCAAAGAAUGUUUAAAAUUCAGCUUGCAAGCCGUUGUAGCCUAUGUGGUGUGGCGGAGGAGACUCUUGAUCAUAUCCUUUUCCAUUGCACCUUUGCUGGCCGUGCUUGGAACUGGAUUGCUGAUAUUUUUGAUUUAUUGCCUAAUGCUAACCUUGUGCUAUCUUGCAAAGCAGCUAAAGGAAGAAGUGCUAUGAUCGACGACUUGUGGCUUAUUGCUAACCUUGUCAUCAAGCGUGUUUUGAAGUUAAUCCAAGAGUUUGAUGUCAGACUUAAAGGGUACAUGCGAAACAGCGUUGCUGAUGUUGUUAUUCUUGACUAUUUCCGUGUGAAUCAUAGAAGAGUAAAGCCUUUUCAACCUGUUGAAUGCUUUUGGGAGCCUCCGGAAGAAAAUGAACUCCAACUUUGUUGUGAUGGGGCAGCAAGAGGGAAUCCAGGUGUUGCCGUUGCUGGUGUGGUUGCACGAGAUGCGAGCUGUUCAGUCCUAGGAGCUAUGUCUAUUGGCCUUGGAGUUACUACUAAUUACUUGGCGGAGCUAUGGCAUUAUUGUGGUUAUGGAGUGGGAUAUAAGAUGGGGAAUGAGGCGCAUUUGCAUUAG